CCUCUUUCGCCUCCUACAUCCACAAUGCAGUGGCCUGUAACCAAGCACAACCUGCGCUCCCAGCUGAUGCCUCCUCGAAACACUGAAGACAGAAUCACUGAAAUGUGAAUGUUUCCAGGCUGAUUGGAUGAGCACAGACUGUCAUGGCGCUCCUUCACGAGCAGCGUGCACCUUCUCCUUCUCUGUCCGGCUUCAACUCUCCUCUCUCAGACCCUCCGUCCUUUCGCCGUCUGGAUGCAGAGACACCGUGCACCCCAGAAAUGGACCUAACCCCAACCCAAUGUGUCCUCCGUAAUGUCCUGUCCAUAGAUACGGGAAGUGUGGUUGAACAGGGAGGAGGGGGUGAGGGACAUACAGUCGGACAUAAUCACUCUCCAAGCGAGGAACAACAAGAGCACUUUGCCAACAGUGUUUUGAAACUGCAUGAGCAUGAUGGGAGUCCCUGCAGGACCGAGGGAGAGGGGCGAAACAUGGACUGUACUAUGGUCCGGAGCCCGGGGGACGAGGCCAGGCUGCAGUGUCAGUCGACUGGAGGGGGCGGGGGCUUUCUGGAGGGGCUCUUUGGGUGUCUGAGACCAGUCUGGACUAUGAUUGGCAAAGCUUACUCCACAGAACACAAACAUGAUCUAGAUGAAGCUUGGGAGGUCCCAUUUGAGGAGAUCUCAGACCUUCAGUGGGUGGGUAGUGGAGCUCAAGGUGCUGUGUUCCUUGGCAAACUGCACGGACAGGAAGUGGCUGUCAAAAAAGUAAGGAACAUCAAAGAGACUGAUAUCAAGCACCUCCGCAAGCUCAAACAUCCCAACAUCAUCACUUUCAAGGGGAUCUGCACUCAAGCUCCAUGUUACUGUAUUAUUAUGGAGUACUGUGCACAAGGCCAGCUGUACGAGGUAUUACGAGCAGGAAGAAAAAUCCACCCAUCUUUGCUCAUGGACUGGGCCAUGGGAAUCGCAGGGGGCAUGAACUACCUCCACCUGCACAAAAUCAUCCACAGAGACCUCAAGUCACCAAAUAUGCUGAUAACCUAUGACGAUGCCGUGAAGAUCUCUGACUUUGGCACAUCCAAAGAACUCAAUGACAAGAGCACAAAGAUGUCCUUCGCUGGGACAGUGGCCUGGAUGGCUCCUGAGGUCAUACGCAAUGAACCUGUCUCUGAGAAAGUUGAUAUAUGGUCGUUUGGUGUCGUGCUGUGGGAGAUGUUAACGGGAGAGGUGCCAUAUAAGGAUGUGGACUCUUCGGCCAUCAUCUGGGGGGUGGGCAACAACAGCCUGCAGCUGCCUGUACCUGAUAGCUGCCCCGACAGCUUUAAGCUUCUCCUGAGGCAGUGCUGGAACUGCAAGCCAAGGAACAGGCCAUCAUUUCGUCAAAUUCUUUUACAUCUGGACAUUGCGUCGGCAGACAUCUUAUCUACCCCACAAGAAACCUAUUUUCAGUCGCAGGUGGAGUGGAGGGAUGAAGUCAGGCACCACUUUGAACAGAUCAAAUCUGAAGGGACAUGUCUUCAUAGACUGGAUGAGGAGUUGAUCAAACGGCGCAGGGAAGAACUGAGACAUGCCCUUGACAUCCGAGAACAUUAUGAGAGAAAACUGGAGCGUGCCAACAACUUGUACAUGGAGCUUAAUGCCAUCAUGUUGCAGCUGGAGAUCAAGGAGAAGGAACUGCUCAAGAGGGAGCAAUCUCUGGACAAGAAGUAUCCGGGUUGCUUCAAACACCACAGACAAUCUGCCUCCUCAAAUUCAAUGGAGAAACUCAUGAAGAAACGCAAUGUACCUCAAAAACUGCCAUCACACAGCAAGAGGCCUGACUUACUGAAAUCUGAAGUCAUCCUUCCUAAAUUAGACUCAUCUAUGACACAAGUCACUAUCCCAAACAAGGGCUCAACAUCACCUGGGAGGUCUCGCAGGGGCAAGCCUCGCUACAGAAAGGCUGGCAAAGGCAGUAGUGGGGAUCUGGCUCAGCUAAAGGCUACAUUGUCCUCCUCUUUAGCCAUGGUCAGUGCUACCUGCUCAGUGCCCAGCAGCAAACAACUUUUGGAUCGUAGUGCCGCCCUAAAAGGACUCCAACACGACCUUCUGCUCAAGAAAAUGUCCUCCUCCAGCCCUGACCUUAUCUCCACCACUCUGGAGGCUGAAGGCCGGAGAAAGGGCCAGCUGAAGACAGGACUGGACAGAGCAGGGAGUCAGAGCGCCUCUGGGCUGGAGGACAGUCGGACUGAAGGGCAAGAGGUCAGGGUAGAUGUGGGUGUACGGACUGAUGAUUUAGUAGAAACACCUCCACGCAGUGACACACCUAGUGAAGAUGCAGCGUCCAUACCUUUUUCCAGCAGUCCUGACUCUCCAUGCGGCAGGGGUGCUGCUGCUGGGAGGGGCUCAGUACUGGGCAGCACGCGAGUCCCACUUGAUGGCGACGACAAAGAGGAGGGGACUGUGAUCACACGCUCUCCGAGGAGUCAGAGGCUCACGCCCUCAGCACUUCUGUACAGGGCUGCAGUCACACGCAGUCAGAGGCGUGGUUUAUCGUCAGAAGAAGAGGAGGGCGAAGUGGACAGUGAAGUAGAACUGCCAAGGAGACGGCGCACUAUGAGCAUGACCAAGUGUCAGUCCCUGUCGACGUUCAGCUCAGAGAACUUAUCGGUGUCAGACGGAGAGGAGGGGAACACCACGGACCACUCCCACAGUGGCACUCCAGACGUGGUCAGCACCAACACAGAUGAGCGCCUGGACGACAAAAGUGAUGACCUUCUGUCUCAAGGCUCUGAGAUCCCUGCUGACCCAUCUGAUCCCACACAACUGGGCUCUGAUGGACUCUCAGAGAAAGAGGCCGUCCUCAGACAAGUCAAGAGCCAGCUUGCUUCAAAUGAUCUUAAUUAUGAGGGUCUUUAUGAUGACUCUGAUUGUGACAGUACUGAAUUGGACCAUUCCUGUAGUGGAGACCCAGGUCAGCCUCCAAACAACUGGUGAACAGCAUUCAGGCCUUGAAACCUUUCUCAUCAGGUCACAUAACACACAGCGCACACAGGUGGUCAGUGGGAAUGUCAGAUGAUGUGAUAUUUGUUAGCCAAAAGCCCAAAAGAUUAAGUGUCUUGAACAUUUGGGACAUAUAGACGCUUCGGAACAAUAAUCCGUUCAUUCACCCCAUCAGAAAAUACAAAGCUGCCCAUUUUCCAUUAACAUGUAACUUUUAGUGUUUUAAGUUAUCUGAAUCUAUGACAGAACAAAAUAUCAGGGUUUACUUUAGUAAAGUCAAUGUGAACAAAUUUGGUUGCUCUUAAUUUAU